CAGUCAUCAAUAAUCCCACAGGAAUUCUCGACAUUCGAGUCCAAUGAACCGGCGAUACCGAAAGAAAUCAACUACCGCGGACAAACCGUUGUCGGAUUCGAUCUACGCGGCACUGAUAUGCUAUGCUUACCACAGGUCUACGAGCUCUUUCUCAAGAACAUGGUUGGCGGCCUACAUACAGUUUAUACAAAGCUCAAAAGAUUGGAAAUAACACCAAUCAUAUGCAAUGUUGAACAGUACGACUCACGCAUAAGAACCUAUCAAGCCAGCACUCGCCCUGGUCGUCCACCUAAACGCACCUCUGCCGUUGAAGAGUGGGUCGCAAAACGUGACAAAUUCGAAGAGCACCAGACACAAUGUGGAAACGAGUCCGAUUUUGGUGUCGCGCCAUGCACAACGCAAAUGAAUCCACUUUUCCUUGGACAGUUGUUACCACAAUUCAGUGCACAACAACUUCUCGUACAACAUAUGAUGGUAUUAGCCGCUGCGCAGAAACAGCCAGAGAUGUACACGCCAUCAUCCAUGGCAUCCAUGACAAUAUCAGCUGACGCUGACGUCGAAGGUGCACCGUUGAAUUUGUCGAAGUCAAACUCGAAUUCUGAGACCAGUGACAGUGACUCAUUGGAGAAUAUCCGAAAGGAAAGCGAUAUCUCCCCAAAUCAAUCCGAACGAGGUGGAUCGAAUUCCAAUAACUCGUCCUCGUCAUCAUCAGAUCCCUCAACAGCUGCUGCCACCAAGAUCAUAUCGCUGAUAGAUAUGGCCAGCGAACAUUUCAAACAUCAAAUGGAAUCGAUACGUAAAGAACGAGAAGAAGUCGAAUCUCUACGCUGUCAACUGAAAGGAUCACUCAUUGACGAAAGCAAGCUACGAGAACAAUUACAGGCCGAGAAGAAAAAAUCAAAUAUCUACUUCCGCCGCUAUUGCAAAGCCAGACGUGAAAUGAGUCUGCUAAAGGAGCAGAUGUCGGAGACCAGAGGCGGUUCAUCGAAUUCGAAUUCAACAGCC